AUGGUGUUUCGAGCUGAGAGAAUGGGAAGUAGCGUCGAUCGUUCAUCCACCCAAAGGAGGAUGAAAAGUCCUGAUGAUUUAAGCGUUUUUGAUCUUGUUCCCGAUGAAAUCCUGAGGUCAGUUUUCGAGAGGCUCGAUUUGAUUGAUAUUAUUCGAGCGAAAGUUGUUUGUUCCUCUUGGAACGAACUUGGAGAAGAGUUUGUUUCCAAGACGCCCUGGCUUAUGCUUCCUUCAAGAGAAGAAGUAGAAAGAGGAGAUGGUACUGAAUCUAACCUGAGGGCCUACAGUGGCUUCUUGAAACUUGGGGAGAGCGAGGUUUGUAGCAUGAAAAAGAUACCAAAGGAGUUGAGGGAAAGUUGCUGCAUUGGAUCAUCAAACGGGUGGCUGAUUUUCUUGGAGGAAAAAGCUGUGCCGUUUCUCUUCCACCCUUUCAGGCAAGUGAAAAUAGCACUUCCUUCCUUAUAUGGUCUGCUAGGUUUACGGAGAAUGGAAAGAACCGCGGAUGGUGACUUUGAAGUCGAACGUUUUAACGAUCCUAAGGUUUACUAUGGAAAGCAAGAACUACGAUAUUAUUUCAUACGGAAAGCAAUCCUGACAGGAGAACCAGAUUGCAAUAAAAAGUAUAGUGUGAUCUUGCUGCUCAAAGAUGGAAGGAUUGCAUAUCAUAAGAGUGGAGGUAGUUGUUGGACUGAAGUUCUUGACACCAGGCAUGCACCUUACCAAGAUAUUAUAUGCCACCAAAAUCUUCUCUUUGCAUUGAGUGAGGGGAAUAAUAUUGAAAUAUGGAAUUGUGAAGGCGAUUUUAUGUCAAAAAGAAUACACAUCGUUCCAACUUUUCCUGAGAAGUCACUCGCCAAAGCAAAUUCAUUUGGAGAUCUUUGCACCAUCAAGUUAUACUUGGUUGAAUCGUGUGGGGAUAUCCUGCUUGUUGUCAGGUUCAUUGGUGAGUUUGUGGAUUCGGAUGGGAACCUUGUUCAGGAAGGAGAUGUUUUAGACUGGGUUUGUUCAUAUAGAACAUGUUUAUUUCAUGUUUAUAAGUUGGAUUUCAAUGAGCUAAAAUGGGUGGAAAUGGCAGCUUUGGGUGAUCGAGUUUUGUUUCUGGGUGGAAAUCAAUCUGUUUCAGUCUCGACUCAAUCUUUUCCCGACUGUAAAGGGAACUUGAUUUAUUACACUGAUGAUUACUUUCAGAGAAUGGAGGAAGAUUACUCGUAUGGAGGUCAUGACAUGGGCGUAUACAACUUGAAAGAUGGAACUGUGAAGCCAAUUUACGAAUACUCUUCAGAGCAGAUUCUGCCACCGCCUUGCUGGAUCAUCCCCGACCCCAAGCCAUGCUAG